AUGGCCAGCACACAGCCUACGCCCGCUUGGCUGACCGACGAGCUUGCUGACGUCGACGAAUGGAUCGAUUGGGAUGAUGAGCAGGAAUCUCGCGACCCCGAUCAGUCUGGCUCGGAGCUCUCGUUCACACAGCCUAUCGGUUCCCUCCUCGUCAGCAACAGCGACAUUGGCACUCCCAGCGCGGCCUCUGCCUCAGAUGCCUCCGGGGGCACCUUCGUCAUCCGCGAGGAGAUCCCCGCCAUACAUCUCCUUCCAAAGACCCCCGGUCGCAACAACAAAGCCGCUAUCAAGGACUUCUUCAGUCCUCUCGCGCUCGAGAAGAUGUUUGAGCCUCCUUCACCCCCACACCCUUCGUCUUCUGCCCUUCCACACGUCCACAAUGCUCCUCCCGUUCCUUCACGUCUCUCUCAGGUCCAUGUUCCUUUGCAGUCUUCUUUCGAGGAAACCAUCCCCGACCAGGACGAGGACGAAGAGGCACAUCUUCCCGGUGUUUCCAGUGCUCCCGGACUACUGGCUGCAGACCCAGCGCAGUCCAAGUUUACCUUCACUGCUCCCCGUCCUAGCCCCUUCAACCCCGCGGGUCCCGCUCCAGAUGCUCAAAGCACUCCCGGUCCACGCGGAGGCACUCGGAAUCUGAACCCUCCAGGAACCGAUCCUCGUCUCCGCCUCUUCCAGUUCCAGUACGACACCUUCACUCGCGAUCAUCUCUCCGCGAUGGUUGACUCCAUCGCGGUCAACACCCCCUCCGGAGACGGUGGCGGCUCUGCGCCUCGGAGUUUCCGAUCAACACCAUCUGGUCUGUCGCCUGUCAACGAGACCAGCUUUUCUCGGCUGCGCAGUGCCAAGCGUGUUAAACUCAGUCCCUCCAGCGACUUCAGCAACAACAUGGGUGACGGUGCGGCGGCCAUCAUGCGUCCAGAUUCACGACGAGACUACGUUGGAGAAUCUCGAAACCUGAUGGAGCAAAUUCGCAAAGCGCGGGACUUCUCCACUGUCUCCACUGUUGCUUCGGAGUCGUCACCCAAAAGUCGUGGUCCAUCUGUCAACGUCGCGAAACCUGACGCAGGUCGGCCGGCAUUCCUCACUGUUCCAAGUGGCAACGAAUCGAGCAAAGAUCCUUCACCUACCGGAACAGUCGACUCCUCGAAACGGUCUGCCUAUUCCUCCCUUGCAUACCGGCAACAGGGCGCUAGCUUGCUAGCUCAGAUCAGGAAUGAUAUGAAGGGUUCCAAACGACUCUUCUCGGGCGAGACCGAGACCUCCCACUUCCGCAACGACGAUACUACGGAGAUGUCCAUUGCAAAUCCUGACGACACCGUCCCAUCCCUCCGUAGUAAGAACGGCGACAUUCCCGCAUUGCUCAAACCACGGCGUUCCGGUGACCUGCCCUCGAGUCGUCGACAGCCAAGUUUCAGCGGUGCUCGCCUCCCCAGCAGCGCUCGCGGUAAGAGUCGACUCGUCUCCAGCCCGCGCAAGCCUUCAAUGGCCAUCCGCCCCACGCAUUCCGCUCACCCGUCAGCAGACCAAUCUCAGAACCUCACCGCGGGGUUCGCACAGAUGUCUCUGGAGUCCUCGCAUGUCCUUGCCCAGUUUCCCUCUCCACCCGCUAUUCCCCCACUCCGCGUGGUCUCUGCAUCCACAUCUAUCGCAUCCGGUUCUCCCACAAAACAGGCUCCCGGUCUACUAGCACCGCCCUCUGUUCCUGCGUACCCCUCGUCUUCUCUUCGUAUCGGGCGGAACGAAGACAUGACGCGAUUCGUCUCUUCGAGCACCGCGUCCGGCACGACGGUAACCACCGGGAGCGCCGAGUCGUUCGUCAAGCAUCCUGGACCGAAGCAGAUGAUGCAGAUCACGCCCAACGAUGUCCCCGCUCUUCCGGAGCGCGUCGGGAAGAUGGUGUUCGACCGGGUCACGAUGCGCUGGGUCAAGGCCAGUGUGGUCGCGAAUGCGCCGGACGAGCAGGUACAAGAAGACGGGUACGAUGCGGAGGACGACCUGGAUAAUGACAGCGAAGAUCCAUUCCGCGACAUCGAGAGUUUCCGGGAAGAAGACGAAGACUCUCCCACCCACACUGCCCCACCCCAGCAUCACCAGGACACCCGGGCGCGAGGGAGGACGGCUGGCCCUGCGGAGCUCGAUGAAGAGGAGAUCGAGGACGUGGAGGAGGCCGAGCUCACAUCCUUCUCCACGGACGGCCCGUCGCACGAGUUCAUACGUCCUGAAGAAAUGCACACCCGAGAAGACGACGAGGACACGUCAUACACCGACAGUGAGGCGCCCACGGAUGGGGACACCGGGAGGACACUACCGACAGCCACUCUCGACCUUCAACUCCAGCCUCGGUACGGUUCCGGGAGUGGCCUGCUCAAUGAUGUUGCCUUUGAACCUGCGUUCGCCGACACUCCUCCACGAUUCCUCGUUACGGCGUCUCCUGAUCUGCGUCAACCAUUAUCCGCCGCCACGCCACUGCCUGCUCCCAGGUCUGCCCUGAAGAGCACGAGUGCGACGCCCAUAUCCGCUCUCAAGAACCCCAACCAGACGAAGUUCGAAACCCCUGCCAACCGCAGUGGUCAUAGACGGUCUGUCAGCUUCUCGGACGGCAAACGAGAAGGCCCCAUCAUCGGGAUUGGGCGCAAUAUACCUUCCCCGGCAUUUACGAUGUCUGGAGACGAGGGCAUCUCCGGUCCUUCGACUUCACGUGACACCCACGGUGCUGACUUGGUUCCUUCUGCGCGAACGAACCGGAUUGCAGCCAUGCUGGACGACUUGGAAAACACCGACCUCGAGGACGAUUCACCCUCGAAAGCCAGCUCUUUGUCUCGUCCCCUCAACCAGAGUGUGAUCCAGCCACGACGAACAAGCUCGCUCCCCAACACGGACGACGACACCGAUCAUUCAACACAUCGGCGGUUGUCCUCCCGGGGACAUCCCUCAGCAGUCGGAGGUGCCAACGCAACGUUCUUGACGGAAUGCAGCUUCGCGGUCACCCACGACCGACUGGUCAAAGUGAUCACGGACGUACAACCAUAUGAGCCUUAUUGGGAUCAACUUGCAUCGAUCGACCUCUCCAACAGGAAUCUCGACAGCACCGCACGAUUGAAGGAGUUUCUUCCUCGACUAGAUUCGUUGUCGUUGAACUCAAAUCAGCUCUCGUGGUUGAGUGGCGUGCCAGGCACCGUCCGCACGCUGUCCGUAGCCUCGAAUAUGCUCUCCGGCGUGACGUCGUUCAGCCAUCUGCUCAACCUCGAGAAUCUGGAUAUUAGCCACAACCAAAUUGAUUCACUUCGUCAUCUGGAAUGUCUUCAUCAUCUCAGGGAGCUACGAGCUGACGGCAAUCACAUCGCCGACUUGGACGGGCUCCAACAAAUGGACGGACUUAUUAAACUGAGUGUCCAGGAGAAUGCACUCCAAGUGGUUGAUCUUCACGAGUACAGAUGGACCCGCUUGGAGAUGUUAAGUCUCGGCCAAAAUAGGAUAAACAGUGUCGGAGGACUUGCGUCUAUCCCAUCACUGGUGGCGCUUAAUCUUGACAACAACGCUCUCGGAGAGUUUGAGUCUGAUGUAACCAUGCCCCGUCUGCGAAUAUUACGGCUCAGCGGGAACCGCCUGCAAACGCUCAACGCUUCGCCGUUCCCCAAUCUUCGCACUCUGUACGCGGACAACAAUAACCUGGGCCAGAUCAUAAAGGCACAUCGGCUUGGGAAGCUUGAAAACUUAAGCUUACGGAACCAGAGUGGUCGCGGACUGUCGCUAUCGAUGCGCGACGUGCGUGAUGUGAAGCGUCUGUAUCUCUCAGGCAAUCCCCUCAAGCCUGGUUUCUUCUCCGAGCCAUGCUACAACCUCAUUUACCUCGAGCUCGCCGCCUGCCGACUGAUCACCCUCCCUGCCGACUUCUCACGCACGGUGCCAAAUGUCCGUGUGCUGAACCUCAACUACAACUUCCUCGAGGAUCCACGGCCGCUUGAUGGCCUCUCCCGCCUCCGCAAGCUGACGAUUAUCGGCUCGCGGAUCAAGGGCGCGAAGCAGCUGCUCCGUAUGCUCCGGGGCAUGAAGGAUCUCGAGAUGAUUGAUUUCAGAAUGAACCCCUGCACGCUCGGUUGGUACCUCCCCCUGCUCGUCAAGGACGCCCCAGGGGCACUGCAACCGUCCGACGGAGAUCGUGCGAUGGCCCACCCAGCACUUGGUCCGGGCCCAAUUGGCGGCGCAGGCCCGGAAGCCUCUCGCCAUCCAAACUCAAGCUCAAGCUCACCUCGCGAGGGCCACGACCGUGGCGGGCACCCACGCCCGGCGCUCCCUCCGGGUGUGUCAGGCGCCCGUGCCGAGCCCUCCGCCUCCUCCACCGUCUCCGCCUCCACGGACGCCGCGCUGGCCCCCGAGCCCGCCGCCCGCCGCGAGCGCGGCCGGCACGAGCUCGUCUGGCGCGAGCUCGACGCCAAGUUCCGGCGCGACCUCCCCGACGAGGCGUACAUCGGGCGCCUCGCGUACCGCGGGCUUGUCAUGCGCACGUGCCCACGCAUUACGCUGCUCGAUGGCGUUGAGGUCGAGCGCAAGGAACGGGACAAGGCAGAGCGCCUGAUCCGCAAUGUAUUCGGGCCCAAGGCACAGGGGGGUGCAAGUCGGGAGGUUUCCGUCACCGAGCGCUGA